AUGAGGUUAUGGAUUGUUCCAGUAUUAUUAGCCUGUAUAGGGCUCGCGGAGCCCUACAAGAUACUGAUGUACACUAACUUAUUCGGUCACAGUCAUAUUAAAAUGUUGGGUGCCGUUUCGGAUACACUCACUGAUGCUGGUCAUGAUGUGACUGUUCUAAUGCCAGUGAUCGAUUUCAAGCAAGAAAAUAAAACAGCAAUGAAGUCGACAAAAAAGAUUAUCAAAGUUCCACCAGGACAAGACACAUCUACCACAAUCGCAGCUAUGGAGAAGUUCAUGACACAAAUGUGGACUUCAGACAAUUCGAAUCCUCUUUUUAUGGCUUUUCACGCCCCUGCAAUGUCAGCAAUUUUCGCUUCUCAAUGUCGAAAAGUUCUGGAAGACAAGGAAUUGCUAGAAAGAUUGAAGGCUGAAAAUUUCGACUUGGCUAUCACAGAACCCUUCGACACUUGUGCUUAUGGUGACUCAGUUAUCUCAAUUCAUGUGAAAGAUAUCAAAAAUCUGUCUACUGUUAAAAUGUCGGUGAUAUUUAGACAAACGUUUUAUCAGUUGAUUGAUUUUUGGUAUCUUUCACUGGAAUUGAGAUAA